AUGCAGAUUUCAGAUGAAGACGAUUUCCAGAAGUUUGUUGAAGAUUAUAAAAACAAGGUCGCACUGUCAUUAAAAAAGGAUACGAAACGUGGCUCUACUGACCUCGACUGUCCCCCUCUUAUCCAAUCUUUGGUGCAACUCAUGUUAAGAAUAAUUCGACAUUUCUCUUCACAAUCAAUACCAGGCUCAAAUUCUCCGAAAAUCCGCAUUCCAACUCUUACUCAAUUCUUACACGACUCGGAUAAUGUACACGGAGAAGGAACUUAUUCACAAUUUGAGAAAGCAUUUGCAGAAGAGAAGGAUCUGAGUGAUAGAAACUUUCAAGAGUUAGGUGUGAACAAAAUCGGGUGGAAGAUUACGCUCAAACAGGCUUCAGCGCAAUAUAGUUAG